UAAUUUUGUGCGACUCCAUCACAGACAAGCUUUGGUUUUUACCUUCUCCACCAUAUAAAGUCUCGUUUGGCUGUGAAUCCUAUUCAAGCUCCCUUUUCAAAUCCGAUAGAUAAAUUCACUUCCUCCAUCUACUUCUUGUAUUCUUAUACACGCUCCUUUUCUCCAUUUCUCAUCUGAUAACACUCUUCUGAUGUUCUUCACUCUCUCUCUCUCUCUCUCUGUGUGUGUGUGAUUGAUUACAGUUAAUAUCUUCUUGUGUUUUGAUUUUCUGAAAGCUUUAAUUUUCUCUUUCUUUGUACAUAGCAAGGAUCAAGAAACAGAGCAAUCAUCCAUGGCUGCUAAUAAGUUUGCAACCAUGGUGCAUAGAAACACCAACAAGAUUACCCUGAUUUUAGUUUAUGCAAUGCUUGAAUGGGUUUUGAUUGUUCUCCUUCUUCUAAAUUCGCUGUUUUCUUAUUUGAUUAUCAAGUUUGCUGACUACUUUGGUCUUAAAAGGCCUUGCCUUUGGUGUUCUAGGCUUGAUCAUCUCUUUGAGCCUGCUAAGUUUCAGAAUUCUUAUAGAUCUCUAGUGUGUGAAGCUCAUGCCAUGGAGAUUUCCAAACUGGGUUAUUGCUUAAAUCAUCGAAAACUAGCUGAAUCGCAAGACAUGUGUGAGGAUUGCUCGUCCUCUCCGCAAGCUGAAUUCUCUAAUAAGUUCGCUUUUUUCCCAUGGAUGAAGAAACUGGGAGUGGUUCAAGAGUGUGGUAGCGAUAAGAUUAGUGAAAGUUUUGAGGUGAUUUCCAAGUGUGGUUGUUGUGGUGUUAGCUUGGAGAAAAAAUUAUGUUGUCCGGGUAAUUAUCUGAUGAAGCCUUCUUGGGGGGAUUCAGAUGAUAUCCACAAAGGAAAUUUUGUUUUGGAAGCAGAUUCUGAUUAUAAUAUUGAUGAAGGAGAAGAUCGUUCUGAUAAAAAAACAUCAGGUUUUGUCUGUGAUCGCUGUGGGGAAGAACAAGGGGUUGAUAAAAACUGGGGGGUGGAGGAAAGAAACUGUGAGGAGAAAACAGAGGAGAUUCUCUCAUGCUCUGUUUCUAGCUUCGAUUGCAAGGAGAUGGUUGCUGAUGAAAGUUUUAAAGCGGAAACAUUAAUGGAAAAAGAGCUCGAAUCUGUCGAGAAGGAUGAAUUGAACGUGUCAGUAGAUGAUCCUUCUUGUGAUCAAUCAGGGACGAUUGAAGAAGCUGGUUGCAAGAAAGAUAUUUCCAGUGAAAUUCAACAGCAGCAUAUAGAAUUCUACAUUGAUCAAGAUGAUUGCCACUUGAUUCCAAUUGAACUGAUGGUUUCCAGUAAGCAAAUAUCAGACAGGAAUCAGAAGAGAGAGAAGGAAAAUCGCGGUAAUGAAGAUUUUGUUUUCGAGUUUGAUAAGAAUGUUGGAACACUAUAUGAAUUGGUUGAGGACAGGUUCAAUUUAGACGAUAAAAUCCCGCUGCUUCCCAUCCUAGAGAGUGAGGAGGAAGCCAUGGUUGCAGAGAUGGAAUCAAGUGAAUUUAAUGAGAAUGAGAGUUCCUCAGAGCUUCUUGCUGAUUAUGAACUGAAGGUGGACUUGGAAGAGGUCGCCAUUGCUCAACCAACGCAAACUCCAACUAGCAAUGGCGAUGCUGUUAUUCAAGAAGGAUCAGAGAUAGAAGGAGAGGAAAUGGAAUCAGAUAAAAAUCAAGUGUCUGAAGAAAUUCAUCAAACGCAUAGCAAUGAGAUUGAAGCAGACAUAUCAAUAGGGACAGAGAAUCCUGAUCAUGAACCAGUAGAAGAUUUUCAAAGUCAAGAAGUUCAUAUAAAUGCCCGUGAUUAUCAUGGUUCUAAGCAAGAUGAAGAAGAUUUAGUACAUGUUAGGACCAUAACAGUUGAGACAAGUGAACCAGUGACAAACAAUCAUUUACCAUUGAAUUCAGAGAGCAAUGAUACUGAGGAAGAUAAGAUUCCUGAUACACCAACUUCAGUAGAUAGUAUCCAUCAUUUACACAAGAAACUGCUAUUUGUAGAAAGAAGAGAAUCCGGUAUAGAAGAGUCUUUGGAUGGAAGUGUCAUUAGUGAAAACGAAGCAGGUGACGGAGUUUUGACUGCUGAGAAGCUGAAAUCAGCUUUGAGAGCUGAAAGGAAGGCUUUAAAUGCUUUAUAUGCUGAAUUAGAAGAAGAGAGAAGCGCUUCCGCAGUGGCUGCCAACCAGACAAUGGCAAUGAUAAAUAGGCUUCAAGAAGAAAAGGCUGCAAUGCAGAUGGAAGCUUUACAGUAUCAGAGAAUGAUGGAAGAGCAAUCAGAGUACGACCAGGAAGCUUUGCAGCUUUUGAAUGAACUUAUGGUAAAGAGGGAGAAAGAGAAGGCCGAGCUAGAAAAGGAGCUUGAAGUAUACAGAAAGAAGGUACAAGAUUACGAGACGAAAGAGAAAUUGAUGAUUUUGAAAAGAAGGAAAGAGAGUAGCACACGAAGUGGAACUUCAUCGGCUUCUUGUAGCAAUGCUGAGGAUAGUGAUGGAGUAUCUGUUGAUUUGAAUCAUGAAGCGAAAGAAGAAAAUGGUUUCGAAAACCAUCAAGAUACCGGUAACCAGAACACCCCGGUUGAUGCAGUUCUAUAUUUGGAGGAGUCACUGGCUACUUUUGAGGAGGAGAGGCUAUCUAUUCUGGAUCAACUCAAGGUUUUGGAGGAGAAGCUUUUUACACUGAGCGACGAAGAGGAACAACAUUUGGAAGACAUAAAACCAAUCGAACAUUUAUACGAAGAGAAUGGAAGUUGCUACAACGAGAAUUUGGAUCACAGCAGUGAAGCAAAUGGAGUUGCAAAUGGUCAUUACAAGGAAAUGAAUGGAAACCAUCAUCAAGAAAGAAAAAACUUUGGUGCGAAGGCAAAGAGACUUCUUCCACUUUUUGAUGCAAUUGAUGCAGAAACUGAAGAUGGAAUACAAAAUGGGCAUGCAGAAGGACUUGAUUCUGUUGCAUUGCUGAAAUCAAUCAACAAAUUUGGAGUAGAAAGCAAGAAGCUUGCAAUUGAAGAGGAGGUAGAUCAUGUCUAUGAAAGGCUACAAGCACUGGAAGCAGACAGAGAGUUUCUCAAGCAUUGCAUCACCUCCUUGAAGAAAGGAGAUAAAGGGAUAGAGCUUCUGCAAGAGAUUUUACAUCAUCUUCGCGACCUAAGAAGUGUCGAACACCGCGUAAGGAACAUGGGGGAUGGUGUUCUAUAAUGACAUUGUGCUCAACGAUCUCAAACAAGAUAUCAGCAGAUUCUGAUUAAAACAAAAGAAGAGAACUGAGUUUGUUGUUGAAAUGAUACAAGACCAAAUGCAAUGCCAGCAUUUUCAGCAAAAUAUUUCACAUGGGAAGUCCCUUGAUGGAGGGGGAGGCUUCUGCUGGUCUGCAAGACAUGAAAAUCUCCCUAUUUUCAACUUCUGUUUUCUUUUGAACUUUUUGUGAUUUUUAUAUAUAUAUGUCUCCAAGUAGGCUCAAAUUUUUGGUGGGUUCAGUUGAGUCUGAUUGCCAUCAGCCAAGGUAUUAUUUGUAUUGUGAGGAAAGGCCUGGCUUGCAAAGCUGGAGAUAGCCAGUGAAGAUUCCAGUGCCAGGUACAUAGAAUAGCAGAGCAUUAGUUUAUUUAGACAGUUAGGAUUUAGUAUACUGUUUUUGUCCUUUAUUUUUUUCAAAACAAACUUAUGAGAAAGUAAAGAAAGGGUAAGUAAUCCUUCCUUGUCUUUCUCAUGUUUGCAUCAAAAUUUCAGCAUAUGGGAGUUACUUGUAUACUACAUGUAUCUAUUUGUAAAGUACAUAAACAGAGGUGAGUGUUUGUUUAUUCA